CUCAAGAUGAUAAACCCCAUGUCUUGUGGUCUAUAAACUAUCGUACUGUUGUAUGAUAGACUUUCUGCUUUGUGGAGCUUUUUCAGCAUGGAACAAGGCCUACAUAGAUCACCAUAGUAAAGCUCCUCUGUUUUCCACUGUAUGCCACACAGAAAAGAGAGAGAGAGAGAGAGAUAUCUAGAGCAAGAUCCCCCACUUACACAAAAAAAACAUUAUUGCUUUGCACCACUUUGUGAUACACAACACUCUCCGCAAGCACCAACCAGAGAAGAAAACAAAAAAUUUGUGUUUUGAAUGGAAUCGGCAGUAUCAGCAGCCGAGACAAAACAGCAGCAGCAGCAGCACAGCAACGGCAGCAGCUACAAUGAUCAAAACGACAUCGUCGGCUGGUUCGAGAGAGUGUCGGAGAACGCCGGUCCCGUCCAGACCGAGACGCUCCGCCGGAUACUGGAGCUGAAUUGUGGCGUUGAGUACCUCAAGAAAUGGUUGGGGGACAUUCAAGUCCAAGAAACGGAGGCGUGUGUAUUGGAGUCACUUUACACAAGUUUAGUACCUCUUUCAACACAUGCAGAUAUAGAGCCAUUGGUACAGAGAAUUGCAGAUGGGGACACAGGUCCUAUACUCACUCACCAACCUAUCACUACUCUGUCUCUAAGCUCCGGAACCACAGAAGGAAGACAGAAAUAUGUACCAUUUACUCGGCACAGCGCUCAAACAACGCUCCAAAUUUUUAGGUUGGCAGCAGCCUAUAGAUCAAGGGCUUAUCCAACAAGAGAAGGAGGGAGAAUCCUGGAGUUUAUAUACAGCAGCAAGCAGUUCAAAACCAAGGGGGAUAUAUCAGUAGGAACGGCCACAACCCACUAUUACAACAGUCAAGAAUUCAAAAUCAAACAAGAAAAGACCAAGUCAUUCACUUGUAGCCCACAAGAAGUCAUCUCUAGUGGAGACUACAAACAGUCAACAUAUUGCCAUCUCCUACUUGGCCUCUUCUUCUCCGACCAAGUAGAGUUCAUAACCUCCACUUUUGCCUACAGCAUAGUCCAGGCAUUUUCCGCCUUCGAAGAGCUAUGGCAAGACUUGUGCACCGACAUAAGGGAAGGCUCUUUGAGCACAAGAAUCAGCUUGCCAAAGGUGAGAAAAGCAGUCUCGGAUAUCAUCUCCCCAAACCCGAGUUUGGCAUCGAAAAUCGAAGAGAAUUGCAACGAGUUAAGGGGUUUGGAUUGGUGUGGUCUUAUUCCUAAGCUUUGGCCAAACGCCAAGUAUGUCUACUCUAUAAUGACAGGCUCAAUGCAGCCUUACUUGAAGAAGCUUAGGCAUUAUGCUAUGGAUUUGCCAUUAGUCAGCGCCGAUUAUGGAUCGACGGAGAGCUGGAUCGGGGCUAAUUUGGACCCUUGUUUGCCUCCGGAGCGCGUCACUUUCGCAGUGAUUCCAACUUUUUCCUACUUUGAAUUUAUACCACUCUUUAGAAGGCGGCAAAAUUGUGCUUCAGUUAGUGAUGACUUCAUAGAAGAUGAGCCAAUCCCACUCUCCCAAGUCAAGAUUGGACAAGAGUAUGAGAUUGUCCUCACCACUUUUACAGGGCUUUACAGGUACAGAUUAGGGGACGUAGUGGAAGUGGCCGGUUUCCAUAAUGGGACACCAAAACUGAACUUCAUGUGCAGGAGAAAACUAAUACUAACUAUAAAUAUCGACAAGAACACGGAGAAAGACCUCCAGAUGGUGGUGGAGAGAGGCUCCGAGCUGCUGAUGAGGAAGGCCAAAGCGGAGCUCGUCGAUUUCACGAGCCACGCCGACGUCGCGCACCAACCGGGGCACUACGUGAUCUUCUGGGAGAUCAAAGGAGAAGUUGAAGAAAGAGUUUUGAAGGAUUGUUGCACAGAAAUGGACGCCUCUUUUGUUGACCAUGGAUAUGUGGUAUCUAGGAGAACCAACUCAAUAGGUCCUCUAGAGUUAAGGAUUGUGGAAAGAGGGACUUUUAAGAAAAUUUUGGAUUAUUUUAUAGGAAAUGGGGCUGCUUUGAGCCAGUUCAAGAUCCCUAGGUGCACUAGUAACCAGGUCAUUUUGAGAAUUCUUAAUGCCUGCACUAUUAAAAGGUUUUACAGCACAACUUAUGAUUAGAAAAGCAAGAAUUAAUAAUAAUAACGAUAGUAAUAUAGUGUUUGUAUUUUUCAAACACACAAUUAGCUAGCUAGGAAAAUUUAAGUUUGAUUCUCAUGUAACGUCCAAUAAAACCAUCCAAGUUUCUUAAUAUGGAGUUGUGAAACUGUGAUGCACGUUUGGUUUAGGUUUUACGUACCUUGAAUAACAUGGA